AUAAAACACAGAAGUGUCGAAUAUACUGCAUAAACUCUCCAAUCAAAAUGUAUUCAUGUAAGCUUGAUUUUGAGAAGAUAGUUUCAUAAAUUCUGAAAUUUUUCUCUUGACAACUAUACGAAGAGUCUUGGAUUUUGGCUUCCUGCGAAGGUGAGUCACAAUACACUAUCACAGGUUCAUGUGGGCAUUUUCAGCGUUUUAAAUCCGCAAUACAAUCACUGUACUAAUGCCUGAAAGAAAGUGUAUUCUUAAGGUAGGAUUAGUUGUUUGGUUUGGAUCGAAUCAACCAUCUAUUGAAGUACGGGAUCUCUUCAUUUUUAUUGAUCACAGUAACGAUGAUCAUCACCGUAUUGGUGGCAAGCGUAGACAAAUUAAACACCAUUCCUUUGGAGGAAACAUCGACCGCCCUCGUGUGAGUCAUUUGAAAUACAAUUGUAACAGAUGUUUUGCGAAACAGUAAGAAAUCAAACCAAAUAUUUAAUGUAACAUGCAUAAUCAUGUUUUUCUGAUGGGUCAUUUAGUAUCAGUUAUUUCACUUUUGUUCGAACAUUGUACUUUAUUUACGAUAAAGGCAUCAACAGACACCGAGAGAGACUUUCGACUUUCUUGGGUCAACCAUACAAUUUUUAUAUUUUUCAGUUUCGUCAGUGCCCUUCUCGCAUUAGGAUUGCUUCUCGUUCCUAGUCUUCAGGAAACAUCUCCGGUGAACUUCAUAUUAGCUGCGCUGAGUGUAUUAACUUCGUCUUCUGGCUUCGCUAUUUACACAGCAGGCCUAGAGCUGUGGUCUCUUUUAUUGUGGUCAUUGACUAUUGUUCUGUCUGUGACUGCAAUCACAAUAGGAUACAAAAUAGGCCGACUAAAUUCCUCUGGGUACUAUAUCAUCAGUUGGGUGAUCUUUGGAUUGAUGCUUUCAGGUGCCAUUCUCUUCAUAAUAUUCUCCUCCAUUCAAUUUACAACGACUGCAAAUAUAGUCUUGAGCGUGAUUUUAGGACUCGAAAUAACUGUGGCGCUAUAUCUUAAUGGAGAAGAAUUAAAACGUUGCGGUGAAGUGAAUACAAAUGCCUUUCUACCAUUUAGACUGUCUCUAAUUACCUGGGUGUUAGUGUUCUUGCAGUAUAUGACUAUGUCACAGGUCACUGCAAGUAUCAUUCAUUACAGAAAUACUAAUAGGGAUGGAGCUAAGGAUCUGUUUGACACAUCGUCUCAUGCCUAAUUGUUGAUUUAUUAUAAAUCCAAAUGUUAUGUGAAAUAGACUAAUGAAUCCUAUUCACUUACGUUUGCUUUUAUUCGUGAAAUAGUUGCCGUGACGUUAAUUCUGAUUACAGCAACAUUUUUUAAGAUUGGGACAAUUUACGCAAGCUAUCUUUGACUUCGAUAAAGUUGCUAAAAAUAUGUUAUCCAAAGGUUCGGAGGAUGUCUAUAAACAUUGGAUAUCUAUUAGGCCUUGAAUAACUGACUUGAAAAAGAAUCUUCAUAUGCUUGUAAAAAUUGUUGUGCAGUGUUCAUUUGAUUGUGCAUCAGUGAUUCAGUGGUAAACAAUAAUAAUCUACUUCAUUCCAAUAACAGUACUAAUAUUACAAUAUGGAAUUCUCAUCAUUUGUCACAAUAUUGCUGAUUUACUCAAAAAAAUAAUUAAAAUUAAAACUUUAAACAAAAUUUCCCAGGGGUAAUUUGUCCAGAUUAACGAUAUAAAGUCGAUAAUAUUCGAAGUACGAAUUGACAAUAUUACAAAUAUAAAGGUAAAAAUAACAGUGAGUUUGUUUCAAACAGUAUUGUCGAUUCAGUUUGAAAAUUUCAGUAUGUCAAAGUUUAUUGAAACUAAUGUUCUGGUGAUAUAAUUUGGUGAGGGAAAUACGCAGUAAAAACAGUUAUAGUGUAACAACAGAAGACAAGGGCCA